AUGGAAUUCCCAACUGUAAGCGAUCUUAUAUUACAAGAAUUACAAAGACCUCUUUUAGAAGUAAUGUUUGAACUAACCCGACUAUAUACCUCUGAUAUGACCCUAGAUGAGAAAGUUAAAAGAACUUACC